AUGAAUGGCACUGGUAUGGAGGAAAUACCGUUUCAGAAAGUCAAAACCAGAAGGAAGAAGUGCCACUGCUCUCCUGGCCCCCCUUUGGAUACCAUUGCUUGUGAGGACGAGUUUGACUGCAAAGAGCUGGAAUCUCUCUUCCAGAAUUACAACCUGAAGCUAGAACAGACAUCGACCUUGAAGGCUCUAGCAGUUUUGAUCAUCAUGACAGCCACUUUGGCUGUGGUUGAGUUAUUGUCUGGCCCCAGACUGACCAUCUCAAAGGGCUCCCAUCCAGUGCACUGCAUUAUCUUUGUUUCUCUUUUUAUUGUCACAAACGUCAAAUAUUUACAGGUCACUCAGCUCCAACAGAUUGUUAAGCUUACAUUGCUCUUUAGCUUCACUUUUUCUUUUUUAUGUUGCCCUUUUUCUUUGGGAGCCUAUGGCUUAGAACCACCAACAACACCUGAGCAAGGAAUGUGGCAACUCAUGUUGGUGACUUUUGUGUCCUAUUCUCUGCUGCCUGUUAGGACUCUGUUGGCAAUUGUAUUCGGUUUUAUGGUGUCCAUUUCACACAUCAUUGUUACAGCCACAUCAGUGAGUGCUAGAGGGCAGAAACUCUGGAGGACGCUUGUGGCCAAUGCUAUCCUUUUUGUCAGUGUGAAUUUGUCUGGGGUCUUCGUGAGGAUUUUGACAGAAAGGGCACAGAGAAAGGCUUUCCUUCAGGCUAGGAACUGCAUAGAGGACAGACUGAGAUUGGAGGAUGAAAACGAAAAACAGGAACGUCUCCUAAUGAGCCUGUUACCCAGAAAUGUUGCUAUGGAAAUGAAAGAAGAUUUCCUGAAACCACCUGAAAGAAUUUUCCAUAAGAUUUACAUUCAAAGACACGACAAUGUUAGCAUUUUGUUUGCGGACAUUGUUGGGUUUACUAGUUUGGCAUCCCAGUGCACUGCUCAAGAACUGGUAAAGCUGUUAAAUGAACUCUUUGGGAAGUUUGAUGAAUUAGCUACCGAAAACCAUUGCAGGAGAAUAAAGAUCCUUGGAGACUGUUAUUAUUGUGUGUCAGGAUUAACUCAGCCAAAAACUGAUCAUGCUCAUUGCUGUGUUGAAAUGGGGCUCGAUAUGAUUGACACCAUUACGUCUGUUGCAGAAGCUACGGAGGUGGAUCUCAACAUGAGAGUAGGUUUGCACACAGGCCGUGUACUUUGUGGCGUUCUGGGACUUCGCAAAUGGCAAUAUGAUGUCUGGUCCAAUGAUGUGACUCUGGCCAAUGUAAUGGAAGCUGGGGGGCUGCCUGGGAAGGUUCACAUUACAAAGACCACCUUAGAGUGCCUAAAUGGGGAUUAUGAAGUUGAACCAGGUUAUGGUCAUGAAAGAAACAGUUUCUUGAAAAAGCAUAACAUUGAAACUUUUUUUAUUGUGCCAUCCCAUCGAAGGAAGAUAUUUCCAGGAUUGAUUCUAUCAGACAUAAAGCCGGCCAAAAGGAUGAAGUUCAAAACCGUCUGUUACCUUUUGGUUCAACUCAUGCACUGUCGAAAAAUGUUCAAGGCGGAGAUUCCUUUUUCAAAUGUGAUGACAUGUGAGGAUGAUGAUAAGAGGAGAGCUUUACGCACAGCCUCUGAAAAACUCAGGAAUCGAUCCUCUUUUACUACAAAUGUCAUACACAAUACUCCAGGAACACGUGUAAACCGUUACAUAAGCCGUUUGAUAGAGGCUCGACAGACAGACUCAGAGUUUACAGACAUGAAUUUUAUAACUUUAAAAUAUAAACAUAUUGAUCGUGAACAGAAAUACCACCAGCUUCAUGAUGAAUAUUUCACCAGUGCAGUUGUUCUUUCAUUAAUCUUAGCUGCCUUAUUUGGCCUUGUCUACCUUCUAAUAAUCCCACAAAGCACUAUAGUCCUUGUCCUUCUGGUGUUCUGCAUAUGCUUCCUAGUGGCAUGUAUUAUGUACUUACAUGUCACACGAGUGCAGUGUUUUCCAGGGUGCCUGACAAUACAAAUCCGAACCAUUUUGUGUAUUUUCAUAGUAAUAUUAAUUUAUUCUGUAGCACAAGGAUGUGUGGUUGGAUGCAUGCCUUGGAUAUGGAAUACAAAUUCCAGCACUUCCAUUGUGAUCAUUUCACCCAAUGGGGAAAAUAAAACAAUGGAUGAACUUCCAUGUGAUACAUCUCACUAUGCUUUUCUAUCUUGUGUGGUGGGCACCUUAAGUUUGGCAAUAUUUUUACGCAUUUCUUCUUUGCCAAAAAUGCUCCUACUUCUUUUUGUUACAAUUUUGUAUAUAGUAGUUUUGGAACUCAGUGGAUACAGAAAAGCAGUUGGGGGGGGCUCAUUUUAUAUGCGAGGUUAUGAACCUAUUCUAGCCAUUUUGCUGUUUUCGUGUGCUUUGGCUCUACAUUCAAGGCAAGUGGACUUGAAAUUACGCCUAGACUACCUCUGGGCUAUGCAGGCAGAAGAAGAAAGAGAUGAUAUGGAAAGGGUAAAAUUGGACAAUAAGAGAAUUCUCUUCAACCUUCUGCCAGCGCAUGUUGCACAGCACUUUCUUAUGUCUAAUCCUAGAAAUAUGGAUCUUUAUUAUCAGUCAUAUUCACAAGUUGGUGUGAUGUUUGCCUCCAUUCCAAAUUUUAAUGAUUUUUACAUAGAACUUGAUGGCAAUAACAUGGGAGUGGAAUGUUUACGACUUUUAAAUGAAAUCAUUGCUGAUUUUGAUGAGCUCAUGGAGAAAGAAUGCUAUAAAGACAUAGAAAAAAUCAAGACAAUCGGAAGUACUUACAUGGGAGCUGUAGGACUUGUACCAACAACGGGAACAAAGGCAAAGAAAUCUGUUUAUUCCCACCUGAGUACGUUGGCAGAUUUUUCGAUAGAGAUGUUUGAUGUUCUUGAUGAAAUCAACUAUCAGUCCUACAACGAUUUUGUUCUCAGAGUGGGUAUAAAUGUAGGCCCUGUGGUUGCUGGAGUUAUUGGGGCCCGGCGCCCACAAUAUGAUAUCUGGGGAAAUACAGUAAAUGUGGCAAGCAGAAUGGACAGUACAGGUGUACAAGGUAAAAUUCAGGUAACCGAAGAGGUCCAUCGAAUUCUCAAGAGUUGCAACUAUGAAUUUAUUUGCCGUGGCAAAGUCAGCGUCAAGGGAAAAGGGGAGAUGUUAACAUACUUUCUCGAAGGAAAAGUUGAUGGAAUGAAUGCACAAACUCGAUCUUUAAACAUGGAACGAAAGAUGUACCCAUAUGGCAGAUCAAACAUUCAAACUAAGCUUGGUACAAGCUGUCCUUCAGUCCCAUCAGUAACCAGUUUUGCAGUAAAUGCUGGUCUGGGUGCACUUCAAGCUUCAACAUCCCACGCAAAUCAGACGCUGCAUUAUCUUCCUUCUGUGCCUGCAAUUGAAGAGGCAUAA